AUGACUCAGAUCAUGUUCGAGACCUUCAACACACCCGCCAUGUAUGUGGCCAUCCAGGCCGUACUGUCACUGUACGCGUCCGGUCGUACCACCGGUAUCGUUCUUGACUCCGGUGACGGUGUCUCACACACGGUGCCCAUCUACGAGGGUUACGCGUUGCCCCAUGCCAUCCUCCGUCUGGACUUAGCCGGCCGUGACCUCACAGACUACCUAAUGAAGAUCCUCACAGAGCGAGGUUACUCAUUCACCACCACAGCCGAGCGAGAAAUCGUGCGUGACAUCAAGGAGAAACUCUGUUAUGUCGCCCUCGACUUCGAGCAGGAGAUGGCCACCGCUGCCUCCAGCAGCUCCCUCGAGAAGUCCUACGAACUUCCCGACGGUCAGGUCAUCACUAUUGGAAACGAGAGAUUCCGUUGCCCAGAAGCCCUCUUCCAACCCUCAUUCUUGGGUAUGGAAGCUUGCGGCAUCCACGAGACGACGUACAACUCGAUCAUGAAGUGCGACGUUGAUAUCCGUAAGGACUUAUACGCCAACACAGUAUUGUCCGGCGGUACCACCAUGUACCCCGGCAUCGCCGACCGUAUGCAGAAGGAGAUCACAGCGCUCGCUCCUUCCACAAUGAAGAUCAAAAUCAUCGCACCCCCGGAGAGGAAGUACUCCGUAUGGAUCGGAGGUUCCAUCCUCGCGUCCCUGUCGACCUUCCAACAGAUGUGGAUCUCGAAACAGGAGUACGACGAGUCUGGCCCCUCGAUCGUGCACAGGAAGUGCUUCUAA